GCCGUAGCGACGGACUCCGUUGUGCUAUUCGAUAGACCGGCCUUUGGUUGGCUCGACAUUGUUUCUGCCAGGGUUUGGCCGAGACGCAGAACUUUCUACGUGGGGUCGAUUUUUUCUUCUGCCCCGCCGACGAAUUAUCGAUAGAGUCACAGUGCGCGCAGUACUUGUCCUUGUACUUGAAUUCGAGAAUCGCACUUGAUCGUCCAAGCAGCGAUCCUACCCUUGCAAUUGAGCAAUGGCAGACAACACGCAGACCGUGCUCACCUCGAGCUCUCUCACGACGCUUCGCAAGAUCGCCGAGGGCAAGGUUCGGGAUCUGUACGAGGUUGACGACAAAACCCUGCUGUUUGUGGCUUCGGAUCGCAUCUCAGCCUACGAUGUGAUCAUGGAUAAUGGUGUUCCCUCCAAGGGCGUCCUCCUGACCCUCCUCUCCGCCCACUGGUUCUCCGUCCUCUCGGCCCAGAUCCCCAACCUGAAAACCCACUUCCUCACCCUCUCUCUGCCGCCCUCGAUACCAUCCUCCCAGGUGCCCCUGCUCAAGAACCGCUCCAUGCAAGUUAGAAAGCUCAAGAUCUUCCCCAUUGAAGCUAUCGUCCGCGGCUACAUCACCGGCUCCGCAUGGAAAGAAUACCAACGCACCUCGACCGUGCAUGGAAUCCCCAUGAAGGCCGGCCUGCGGGAAUCCGAAGCCUUUCCCCAAGGCGCAAUCUAUACCCCAUCGACGAAGGCGGAGGCGGGACAGAACGAUCAGAAUAUCCACCCUGAUGAAGCUGCUGUCAUUGUGGGUCCGAAAUACGCACAGCGCAUUCAAGACCUUGCUAUUCAGCUGUAUACCACGGCGAGGGAUUAUGCCGCCCAGAGGGGUUUGAUUAUUGCGGAUACGAAAUUUGAGUUUGGCUUGGACGAGGAGACUGACGAGGUGGUGCUUGUGGAUGAGGUCUUGACCCCCGACUCUAGUCGGUUUUGGCCUGCGGAUAAAUACGAAGUGGGACGGGAGCAGCAGAGUUAUGACAAGCAAUUCUUACGUGACUGGUUGACUAAGGAGGGUCUGAAGGGGAAGCAAGGGGUGAGGAUGCCGGAUGAAGUGGUGAGAGAAACCGCGGGGAAAUACAGAGAGGCAUUCGAGAAGUUGACGGGAAGAAAAUGGACAGAUGUUGUAGACGAAUAGUCAUAUGGAGGUGCUGCAUAUGCGAAACUCUGAUUUCUCCCCGAGAGAUUCGCAAGUCUUAGAAGCUAUCAACAUAUUUUGAGGAUGCUCCAAAAGUGCUCAAUUUCAGGUUCCACCUCUUCAACGAUAGCGUUUCGAGAGUGGAUGUUCAGUUUUCUUCUAGCAUUUCCAGGGGAUUUUUAGUAAAGUGACAUUCUACAUAAAAGAGCUAGAGAGAACUCUCAAUGAUGUAUAUUACCAAUACCGUCAAUAAUUUCAUCGAACG